AUGCGGGGCGAUGGCGGACGGAGCCGGGCGGGGCGGAGCUGCGGGGUGGCGGCGGCGGCGUGCGGGGCGGUGGCGGACGAAGCCGGAGCGGGUCGGAGCUACGGCGGGCGGGCCGGGGCCGGGCGAAGCUGCGGCGGGUCGGAGCUGCGGCGAACGGGGCGGGGCGGACGGGGCGGCGGCGUGCGCUGCGGCCGCGGCCGGAUCCGCGGCGGGCAGGCGGCGGGGCGGCGUGGAAACAGCGACGGGGGCGGGGCGGGGCCGGAUCUGAUGCGGGCGGCGUGCGGCGGGGCGGCGGCGGACGGGCGGGAGGUUGCGGGCGGGAAAGGAAAGGAACUGGCAGUUGGGCGUUCGCGGGCGACUGCUGGUUUUGGACCAGAUGCAUCUCGUGAUGCGGUUCAAAAGUUAGUUACUUUUACAUUUGGACCAUCUAUUGGAGAUGCUCUAACCCAAGCCGAGGGUAACACACUUGUGGUCUCAUAUGAGUACAACAAUGCAUAA